CGCACGCGGCAACGAAUCCGAACCAAAACGUCCCACGAGCGACAGCGACCCGCGCGCCAACCAACAACAGUGAAGUUUUGUUAGUUGUUGUUGUUGUUGGCAGCUGCCGGCGACGGCGAAAAAAAGAGAUACAUAUAAAUAUAAAUAAAAACAAAAACAACAACGCUUUUGAAGAAGGCAGCGCGCGCGCGCUUUUCGAUUGUGUCGAGCUAAUAUGAAUAACUGAACAACAGAAAACCCAAAACGAAUACCAUACAGAGCAACAAAUGAAACUUGUAUACAAAUUGAACAAAAAGUGCAAAAGAAAAUUUACGAAUCCUGCCAGCAAUUAAGUGUGUACCAAGUGUGGUGUUAGCUACCACAACGAGUAUCGAGUUAUUUACAUAAUUAUCGCAGUGUAGUUUGUAGCUAAAAGUAAUUUAAAACGAAAAUGGGGUUCGCUAGCCAUAAGCCACGCGUCAAUAAGACGCUGAUAUCUCUAAAGGUGGUGAUGUUCUUUGUCAUCAGCGGCAUCACUGCCCUACAUGUGCUGCAUGCGACAAAGCCUUUGCUGUUGGGCCUCAAUUUCGAUGAGUACCGCACCAUCAGCAUCAUUGCGCCCUUCGUCUCCAUACUGGGUCCCCUGGUAGCAGGUCCAUUGGCCGAUCGGCUAGCGGCACGCAAUCCAAAUAACUUUGGCCGUAAUCUGCGUUACCUGAUUGCCUUCUGCUUGCUUCUCUCUGCCCUCAUCUUCGGUUGUCUCUUCGCCAUACCCGAAGUAUCGCGAGAGGCUGCCCAUCGACCGGCUGUAAGCUUCGCCUGUGAUUCCAGCGGCGCAGUGAUUUUUCAGGAACGCUGCAGCGACAAUGCCACGUGCCAUCACUGGGAGGAAAGGGUGGGAUCCCUAAACCUGACACGCUGCACAUACAGCUGCCAGAAUCCCAAACAGUAUGAGAAUAUGUACACCCCUUGGCUUGAAUCAGUGCCUUCGCCACCACCCUCCACGGAGCUGAGUUCGGAAUUCGAUUACGAUGAGGAUCCCAUCAGUGCGACGACGGAGAGUUUGCGCAGCAAGCGCUCUGUUGAGUUAGUGGAUGGAGCAGACAGCGCUGGCGCGGAGCUUCUUAGUGCGGAGGUACAACGUGCUACUCGCCAGAUUAAAUCGGCACCACAGAAGGUGUAUGUGGAGCCACCGCAUCUGUGCAUUACGCAGAAAAACGACAAGGGCGAGGAGAUCGUUAAGCAUUGUCACGUUUACACAUCCGAUACACCCAGCAUUGUGGUCGAGUCGGUGAUGAGGGCAGCAAUUAAAGAGGAAAACGAUACACAAAGCAAUGGCUGGUGUCUUUAUCCCUUGGAUGGCUUCCAGUGCAAUAUUCCCCUGCAGCAGGCUAACUAUAUGAAGGAUUUGAAAAGAGGCAGUGAAUGCAAGCCAAUGAUUGAGUGUCAGGUUUUAAGUCCGUAUGACCUCAAGGGCAGCAUCUUGAAAGACAGCGAGUGCAUUAGGACCAACGGCAGCGUGGAAGCAACCUGGGGCGGAUAUUUGUCCAUACGCUUACUGGGUGACAUUUUCCCAAUGGCGGCCCUAACGCUGCUCAAUACCGCCAUUGUGAUUGCUGUGCGCGAGACUUCGGAGGGACGUGGUGAGGUCUGUCGCCAGUAUGUGUGGGGUGCCAUCGGCUAUGUGCUGCUCUUCUCACCCUUCGAUCUACUGUUCAUACAAAACGAACCCAAUCAUGAUGCCGCUUUGGUUGCCCUGAUACUUGUAAUUAUUUGCUUCAUAAUUGGUGCCCUUGUUCUUUUGUUCGCCAAUCAAAUGCCACUGAGUCCACCGGAAUGGUGGUGGCAUACCAAGACUGGCAUGUUGGUUGUACCGAUGUCUGCCAUACGUCGCUACAGUCCCGAAAUUAUUUUGGUUACGCUUGUGUCCAUUCUGUUUGGCAUUUUUUGGAGCAGCAUACACAGCUUCCUGCGCUGGACAUUCACGGAUGUCUAUGCUGCAAGCUUCUCGGGUGUGAUACUCGUGCUGGUCCUCUUCUUCAAUGUGGACAAGUUCAUCGAGUAUUGCGGUCAUUCGAACAUCUUUAUUGCCGGCUUUGCCAUUUUCAUCAUACGUUUUACGGCAUUAAGUGGCGAGGAUACGCAAUGGCUUACUGUUGUCAUGGAGGCCAUUGAGCCGGCGGUGAUUGGAGUUGUUUGGAUUACCAUUAUCCUUUACUUGCGUCACGCCAUGCCGCGAAAGUUGACGGCCACUGGACAGGCCAUUGGAGUGUUGGCCUUCUUUGGACUAGGUAAGGGCUUUGGCGCUUUGAUUGGCUUGGCUCAUGAUGAUAGACACCCCACGGUCGAGUCACAAUGCAUCUACCAAUGGCUGGCCAUUAUUGCCUGCCUUGUGGCGCUCAUCUACUUUGUCAUCUACAAUUUGAUUUUGGCGCCACGCUGCACGGCCAAGCCGCAACAUGCCGAAGAGCUCAUCUCUGGAUCAGCCUCGCAAAACUUCAGCAAUACAGCAGCUGGCAACGGAGCAGGCGGUAUUGGAAACGGCGCCGGCGCCGGCGCUGGAGCCUCACUGAAUGGCAAUGGCAGCUAUUCCCCACUGCGCGUCUAUCACAACGAGCGGGGGAAGAAGGGACAAUUUAGAUACUAAAAAACUUAUAAAUGCAAGUGGGAGGCAAUUUUUUGUUGCAUUGCAUACAUUUUCCUCUUUUAUUUUGACUCGAAUCAGCCUGUCGACCAUCGGCAGGGCCUGCAAUCCCACAGAGCUGCCACUGCCUGUUGAGUGGGGGCCAUAGAUGUACGCUAAUUGCUAGUAGUUUGUAAUUUGGCACGACCUUUAAAGACGUGGACUCUCGAAUUAAAGGCAUGAAAUAUUUAUUGAACUCCUGCAAACUGUGACUGGUCCCUGCAAUCAAUAUAUGUUUAAGUUUAUGCUUAAGUUUUUGUAAAGUUGAUCAAAAAUUAAAGCUAAAUCCGCGAGUUUCAUUUGUUCAGCAAGUCAACAAAAUUGUAAUUCUCGAUUCAAGUAUUUCUUUGCACAUCCCUUAAAAAGUAGCUAUAAAGUUGAACAAUUCCUUAUCUUUACAUGCCAAUGAGUUGAGGGCUCCCGUCUUUUUAGUGCUUAGUGUAGUGCACUGAGAACAACAAGAAAAAAGGGACGUUUUUUAUUAAUUGUAGAUUUUAUUUGAUUUGUUAUUUAAUGCCAAUUGCAAGAGUUCAUAAUUUUAAUUUAAAUAUGUAAUUAAGUGAAAAUAUAAUUAAAAUGGCAACAUUAAACCUGCUGGACAUUUAACUGCAUGCAAUUUUGUAUUUAACCCAAAAACAAAAACAACAAAACUACUGCCCAACAUGUUAAUAACAACAACAAAAACAAUGCCCAAAACUACUUCCCAUCACCCGUUUUUUUUUUUUUUUUUUCAUUUUAAAUUAAAGGCAUACAAUUUUAAUGAGAUAUUUGCGUGAUUUUUUAACUGAGCAUAAUACACAAUGCAUGAUGGGUGUGUAACAAAAGCCGAAAUGUAAUUAUACAACACAAUUAAUGGUAAAUAAAUGUUUCGAAAUUAAGCGUAA